GAUGUUGCUGCUGUGCAUGCGAGAAGUCGUGUUUUCAAGUCACUCUGUUUUGUUAUAAAUGCGUGUUGGGAAGAGGGGUCUUUUUAUUUAUUAUGUUUAGGUGUCGUUUAUGCGACUGACGCUACUGCAAGGCAUGCUGGGACUUAUAUCUCUUUACUGUGCUCUCCCUAUUUCAUUGUAACACGUGAGCUCUCUCAUCUGCGUAACUAACCAGGCUCCUGUUACUGUGAAGAUCACGCACAAUACACGUCACUCACUGCAUUUUUCAGUAAAGGCGAAACAUUAUAAGAAUUUCUGACACUGAACACGACAAUGUCUGACAAGAUCGAGAACCGAACCUCAGACCUUCCAGAUGCCCACAGAGGGCGUCUAGAGGAAAACCCGGACACUGGGCUACUAAAUGUGAAGAAAGAGGAUGAGACAGAUGACAUGAACAGUCAUCAUUCGUCCCUCCCUGCUGACAAAGCCAACGCUAAUGUAGUCAAAGUUGAAGUAACAGAAGAUCUGCGUGUGAAGCGUCAGUUGGGAACCUCAGAUGAGGAAACUAGUGACAGUAUGAGCUCAGACGAAGAUAACGCUGAUAUAGUGAAAGUUGAGAUUACAGAAGAUAUGUAUGCGUGUGAUGAGGUGAAGACCGAGGAGGAUGAAGUUCCUAUAAGUACGGCUACAGAUGGAUUCACAAACUGCAGAAAUCCUAGUCUUGGUCAGACUGCUGAUGAUUCUUUCAGCCUUCUUCAAAAUCAAAGCAGCAACAUGGGCAAUGUAUGUGCUGUAUGUGGGAAAUGUUUUGCCUGGAAAUCACAACUUAUUAGACAUUGGAAAAUUCAUACAGGGGAGAGGGGCUUUUCAUGUACUGAAUGUGGGAAAUGUUUUACCCAGAAAGGAAAUCUUAUUACUCAUCAAAAAAUUCACACGGGAGGGAAAGGGUUUUCAUGUCCCGAUUGUGAAAAAUGUUUUACCAAGAAAUCAAAUCUUAUUUCUCACCAGAAGACUCACACAGGAGAGAAAGGAUUUUCAUGUUCUGAAUGUGGGAAAAGUUUUACCCGGAGAUCAACUCUCAUUAAACAUCAGAAAGUUCAUACAGGAGUAAAAGAAGUUUCAUGUCCUGAAUGUGGGAAAUGGUUUACUCAGAAAUCAAUCCUUAUUAAUCAUCAGAAAAUUCAUACAGGAGAAAAGGCAGUUUCAUGUUCUGAAUGUGGAAAAUGCUUUAGUCAGAAAGCAUAUCUUAUUACUCAUCAGAAGAUUCAUACAGGAGAGAAACCAUUUUCAUGUUCUGAAUGUGGGAAAUGCUUUACUUGGAAAUUACAACUUAUUACCCAUCAGAAAAUUCAUACAGGAGAGAAAGCAUUUUUAUGUUCUGAAUGUGGGAAAUCUUUUACUUGGAAAUUACAACUUAUUAGACAUCAGAAAAUUCAUAUGAAAGAAGAAUGUGGAAUCAACUCUGGGAUGGCUUCCAGCAUGAAUGUGGGAAAUCGGAUCUUAAGUGUGGAGGAUGACACACAGGCAUUGUGCAGAUAACUAAGUGCUUUCAUAGACGUAAUAAGUUAUUUCAACUUAACCAUUGCAGUUAAUGAAAAUACUAAACGUUCAGAAUACUUAGCUCUUAAUUUAGACUAAGUAUUUUGGCUUUCAAAUGUUUAUUUAUAAGAAGCCGCUGACAAGAGAAUAUUCCAGCUAUCCUCCCCACAUACCAGAAGGGGUAUUUUAAGGGGGCAGUAUUUGAGAAUAUGUAGAAAUGCUGAGAAGGUUAGUUAGAAGGGGAUAUAAUAGGAAAUCUCUUAAAAGGAUAGCUUCAGAAGAGGUAAACAUGGAGACAUAUAUAAAUAUAGUAGCUGUAUGAUGAAAUUGUCCGUAUAGUAAAAAAAUUCUAUUGCUAUUACAGAAUGAUCAGAAACUAUAAAAUAUUUCUGGAUACUGGGAUACUUUUUGAAAACACUAUAGGAGACUAAGAAAGCAAUUUGUAAGGAUACUAGGGACUGAUCGUAAUUGAUGAAAUUCAUGUAGGAUUUGCCAAAGUGCUUAGAGAGGAGUAAAACAUAUAGGUCUAAAGAAAUGGACACAUGUAUAUAGUACUACAAGCAAAAUCAACAGAUAGCAUGUAAAUUUCUUUCAUACAGCUGGUGAGAGUCCACGAUUCUUUACUCUUGAAAAUUACUCUACCACUAGGCGGAGGCAAAGAUUACCAAGUACUCUAUAAAUCACUCCUACCUCACAUAUUCCUCAGUCUUUACUUUGCCUCCACUGGAGGUGGUUGAAGAAUGAAGAUGUGCAUAAGAUUUUUCAGAGAAAGGGGUUUCAGUCUAUAUAUUCAGGCCUGGUUUCCCCUCAGAGUACAGUGCUUUUCAGUGGGAUGUAUUAUGGGGUAUGGUUUGAUUCUUUUUUUCAACUCAUAGGAACUUUUUUCAGAAACCCUCUAUAAUUGGUCGCAGGGACUUGUCAUGUGCCUCCCUUUAUGGAUCUACAAUAUACUCCUAUUCCAUAAAGUCUGCUGAUAUGUUUCAGUACUGGUUUGGCUGUCUGCUGCUUGACUGGUAGUUGAUGAGUGUCUAUUGGUAUCUUUUUUAUUAAAGGUAUAUGAAGGCCACAUUUUUUCUUUCAUGAUUCAGAUAGAGCAUGCGAUUUUAAGCAACGUUCUAAUUUACUCCUAUUAUACAUUUUUCUUCGUUCUCUUGGUAUCUUUGUUUGAAAUGGCUAAAUGUAGCCACCAAUCAGCAAGCACUACCCAGGGUUCUGAACCAAAAACAAGAUUAUUUUUUUUUCCCUUCUAAAAGUGCUUUUGUGCCCUGAGACCAGUGCUACUGUUUUGUCUUCAGAUGGGUGAAGUUUCCUCUGGGGAUGAAGAUUCCUCAUCUGAUGUUGAACCUGAUAUUUCCUAUUUUUUGUUUUAAAGUUGAACAUAUUUGUUCUCUUUUAAAUGAGGUCUUAAUUACUUUAGGGGUUAAAGAUCCUAAAGUUUCUGAUAAGCCUUGUAAUUGUUUAAAUACCGUUUUUUAAGUUUGUUGUUAAUCUCCCUGUGGUUUUCCCUGUGCCUGAUGCCGUCUCUGACAUAAUCUCUAGGGAAUGUUCUAAACCGGUAAUUUUAGUUUUAAUCCUUCUCCAAAGUUUAAAAUGUUAUAUCCUUUACCUGCUGCAAAUUUAGAUUUAUGGGAAACAGUUCCCAAGGUGGAUGGGGCCAUUUCCACUCUGGCUAAACAUACUACUAUUCCUUUAGAAGACAGUACUUCUUUAAUGACCCUUUAGAUAGAAAAUUAGAAUCUUUUCAUAGAAGGGCCUUUUUACAAGCAGGUUAUAUUCUCAGGCCAUCUAUUAAAAUUGCUGCUGCUUCUACUUACUGGUUGUCUAGUCUUUCAGAGUAUUAUUCUGAUGACUCUGCUUUUGCAAAUCUAUUGGGUUUGCUUCAGAGUGCCAAUUUAUUUUAUUUGUCCAAUGAUAAUUCCUCAGCACCAAAGAUAAAAUUCAAUGUUUAUUCUGCAACAAAUAAUACCAACUGCAACGUUUUUACCUUUGGUGCUGAGGAAUUAUUUUUUGAGAUUACUGAAGGGUAUGCAGUAACCCUACCUGUGUGCACUCGAGGAGCUUUUAUAAGUUAACUGCACCCAGAAGUUGUUAAAGCCAGGUAUAUCUUGAAUUCUUUUAUUUGUGAUCAUGUAUUCGAUAUUAUGAAGAUAAAUGUCAAAAGCAUGUCUUUGACAGUCCUUUCCAGGAGAGCCGUCUGACUUAAAUUCUGGUCUGCUGAUGGUGUCUAAAUCUAGAUUGACUCUUUUUUCUUUCAGGAAAAGAAGUUAUUUUGUUCUGAUUUAGAUUAUUUCUACUAUUACUAGAGGUAAAGGGGUGUUUCUUCCUCUAGACAGAAGGUCUAGAGGGAAAUCCAAAGCUUCUUAUAGUUUUUGUUCCUUUCAUCAGAAUAUGGAACAAAAAGCCGAGUUCGCUGGUUCAGUCUGGAGACCUAAUGCUAACUGGAACAAGUCUAACAGGGUAAGAAAGCUAUCCCUACUACCAAAACUGCAUGAAGGUGCAGCCCCUAAUCCAGAAGUUCUGGUAAGGAGCAGAUUGAGGCUUGGUUUCAUUCUGUUCCAGAUCCAUGGAUUAAGAAUAUUUGUUUCUCAGGGAUAUCUUAAUAGGAUUCAGAAAAAGGCCUCCCAGAGGAAGUUUUUGUUCCAAGAAAUCUUGUAAAAUUUCAAGCUUUUCUUCAGUCUGUCUCAGAUCUGGAAGAUAUGGGAGUGAUUGUUCCAAUUCCUUUGCAGGAACAGGGGAUGGGAUUUUAUUCAGAUCUCUUCAUUGAUCCAAAGAAGGAAGGUACUUUCAGACCAGAAUGGAAACUAUCCGGACUAUUCUGCCUUUUGUUCAGCAAGGUCAGUUUAUGUUCACAAUAGGUUUAAAAGAUGCUUACCUUCCUGUUCCUAUUCAGAGAUCAUUUCCAGUUUCUGAGAUUUGCCUUGCUGGACAAGCAUUUUCAGUUUGUUGCUCUUCCAUUUGAUCUUGCUACAGCUCCAAGAAAAUUCACAAAGGUUCUGGGUGCCCUUUUGUGUGUGUUUAGGUCUCUGGGUAUUGCAGUGUUUCCAUACCUAGGCGACAUCAUGAUUCAAGCUACAGCUUUUCCUUUAGCAGUAUCUCUCACCAACCGACUUGUUGUUUCUUCAACAGCAUGGUUGGAGGAUCAAUUUUCCAAAGAGUACUUUAAUUCCUCAGAGAAAAGUAACUUUCUCGGGUUUCCAAAUAGAUUUAAUAUCCAUGAGUCUUUCUCUAACAGAGCAGAGAAGGUUAACAUUGGUGUCAGUGUCUGAACCUCCAAUCUUUCAUUUUCCUUCAGUGGCUCUGUGUAUGGAAGUCCUAGGUCUUAUGAUUGUAGCGUCAGAUCAAUUCCAUUUCCUCGAUUUUCAAACUACUCUUCAGCUUUGUAUGCUGUGUCAAUGAUGGGAUUAUACUCGGCUAUCUCAAAGGAUAUUUUUGCAUCCCAGUACAAGUAUCUAACUUGGUAGCAAGAUCAUCGGUUUAUUCUUUUGAAUAUUAUUCAGGAGACAAAGAGGAAUAACCGAGCGCAAACCUGAUUUAAUUCUAAUUUUUAGAAAUAUAAAAGUGUGCAAAUGCACAUUGCACUUACUGAAAUCAUAAAUGAGCGAGCCUUCAGAGAGUCCUGUGACUUGGUUCUUUUCAUUAAAGGGAAGUUGGAAACCUUUCCGUAAUCACAUGGUUGUGAACCUCAGAUAUGACAAAUAGUCAGGGACAAGGCUCUCACAAUAGCUUCCCUGGCAAUGAUGGUGUCUCGGAAUCUCUCCUGGUCAGAAGCCAAUUCUUGUUUAGUCUAUGUAAAUCAUAUUCGAGGAGUGAACAACUGGGAGGCAGUCAAUCUCUACAUCCAGGAGAAUAGUCUCUUCACCAGGAUCUGUUCAAUCUGAUUGUGGAUGUUUGCGGUCGUCCAGAAAUAGAUCUGAUGACUUCUCGUUUGAGCAACAAACUUCCAAUGUACUUUUGUGUGGUCCAGGGAUCCUCAGGUAGAGAUAGUGGAUGAUCUAGUAGUUCCUUGGUCAUUUCAGAUUGCUCAUUUGUUUUCCGCCUCUGGUUCUUCUUCCCCAAGUGAUUUCCAAGAAAAGGCUAGAGAAGUUGUCUGUAAUCCUGAUUGUCCCAGCUUGGCUUUGCAGGAUUUGGUUCAGAUGUCCAGUUGUCCUUCUGGGCCUCUUCCUCUGCAUUCAGACCUUCUGUCCCAAAGUUUAUUUUUCUAGUUAGAUCUCAAGUCUCUGAACUUGAUGACAUGGAAAUUGAACGCUUAGUCCUUAGACAUAGGGGUUUCUCUGUAUUUAAAACCUUGAAUUAGGCUUGUAAGCCUGUAACUCGGGAAAUCUAGGUCUGGAAGGCCCUUAUUUGAUGGUUUAUAAAUCAUGAUAUUUCCUGGCAUUCUUUCAGAAUUCCUAGGAUUCUGCAUUUCUUUCAUGUAAUUGGCAAGAGUCCAUGAGCUUGUGACGUAUGGGAUAUACAAUCCUACCAGGAGGGGCAAAGUUUCCCAAACCACUUAAUGCCUAUAAAUACACCCCUCCCCACACCCACAAUUCAGUUUUACAAACUUUGCCUCCUAUGGAGGUGGGUAAGGUAUAUGUCCACCAUAGACUUACAGGGUGCAUAUCUUCAUAUUCUGAUUCAUCCAGUUCAGUUUCUGAGAGUCUUUUUCUAGACGAGCUUUACCAAUUUGUUGCUCUUCCUUUUGGCCUAGCGACAGCUCUAAGAAUCUUUUCUAAGGUUCUUGGUGCCAUACUCUCUGUAAUCAGAGAGCGGGAUAUUGCAGUGUUUCCUUAUUUAGACGAUUUCUUGGUAUUUGCUCAGUCUUUAUAUUCUGCAGAAUCUUACACAAAUCAACUAGUGUUUCUUCGAAAACAUGGGUGGAGGAUCAAUUUAUCAAAAAGUUCUUUGAUUCCUUAGACAAGGGUCGCCUUUUUUAGUUUUCCAGAUAGAUUCAGUGUCCAUGACUCUGUCUCUAACAGACAAGAGACGCUUGAAAUUGGUUGCAGCUUGUCGGCACCUUCAGUCUCCCUUCAGUAGCUAUGUGCAUGGAAGUUUUAGGUCUCAUGACUGCAGCAUCGUACGCAAUCCCCUUUUGCUCGUUUUCAUAUGAGACCUCUCCAGCUUUGUGUGCUGAACCAAUGGUGCAGGGUUUUUUCAAGGAUAUCACAAUUUAUAUCCUUAAAUCCCAAUGUUCGACUAUCUCUGACUUGGUGGUUAAAUCACCAUUGUAUAGUUCUAGGGGCCUCUUUUUUGUUCGUCCAACCUGGACUGUGAUCUCAACCGAUGCGAGUCUUUCAGGUUGGGGAGCUGUCUGGGGAUCUCUGACAGCACAAGGGGUUUGGAAAUCUCAAGAGGCAAGAUUUCCAAUCAAUAUUUUGAAACUCCAUGUGAUUUUUCAGGGCUCUUCAGAUUUGGCCUCUUUUGAAGAGAGAACCAUUUGUUUUCAGACAGACUAUCACAACUGUCGCAUUUGUCAAUCAUCAGGAUGGGACUCAUAGUCUUUAAGCUAUGAAAGAAGUAUCCCGGAUACUUGAUUGGGUGGAUUCCAGCUCUUGUGUAAUUUCUGUGGUUCAUAUCCCAGGUAUAGACAAUUGGGAAGCGGAUUAUUUCAGCCGUCAGACUUUACAUCCGGGGGAGUAGUCCCUCCAUCCAGAUGUGUUUUCUCAAGUUGUUCAGAUGUGUGGUCUUUCAGAAAUAGAUCUGAUGGCUUCUUAUCUACAGGGAACUUCCCAGGUAUCUGUCCAGGGAUCCUCGGGUUGAAGCAGUGGAUGUGUUGACAGUUCCUUGGUGUUAUCAACCUGCUUAUAUUUUUCCCGCCUUUAGUUUUUCUUCCUAGAGUGAUCUUCAAAAUCAUCAUGGAGCAAUCGUUUUGUACUGCUGGUGGCUCCAGCAUGGCCUCACAGGUUUUGGUAUACAUAUCUUGUUGCCAAGGUUUUUUUCAAUCAGGAUUUCAAGUCUUUAAAUCUGAAUCUAUGGAAAUUGAACGCUUAGUGCUUAGUCAUAGAGGUUUCUCUGACUUUGUGAUUAAUACUAUGUUGCAGGCUCGUAAAUCUGUUUUCUAGAAAGCUUUAUUAUCGAGUUUGGAAGACUUGCAUUUCAUGGUGUUUCUCAUAAAUUCUCUUGGCAUUCUUUUAGAAUUCCUAGAAUUUUAAAGUUUCUUCAAGAUAGUUUGGAUAAGGGUUUGUCUGCAAGAAGGGACAAAUCUCUGCUCUUUCUAAGGUUCCUGAUAUUCACUGUUUUGUUCAAGCUUUGGUUUGUAUCAAGCCUGUCAUUGAAUCGAUCUCUUCUUGGAGUUUUAAAGGCUUUACAGGCUCCUCCAUCUGAGCCUAUGCAUUCUUUGGACAUUUAAAUACUUUCUUGGAAAGUGUUGUUUCUUUUGGCCAUCUCUUCUGCUAGAAGAAUUUCUGAAUUAUUUGCUCUCUUGUGAAUCUCCUUUCUGAUUUUUCAUCAGGAUAAGGCAGUUUUGUGGACUUCAUUUAAAUUCUUACCUAAGGUUGUGAAUUCUAACAACAUUAAUAGAGAAAUUGUCCUUUCCUUGUGUCCUAAUCCUAAGAAUUCUUUGGAGAGAUCCUUACAUUCUUUGGAUAUGGUGAGCAUUCUGAAAUAUGUUGAAGCUACUAAAGAUUUCAGGAAGACUUCUAGUCUAUUUGUUAUCCUUUCUGGUUCCAGGAAAGAUCAGAAGGCUUCUGCCGUUUCUUUGGAAUCGUGGUUAAGCUUUUGACUCCUCAUGCUUAUUUGGAGUCGAGUCAGGCCCCGCCUCAGAGAAUUACAGCUCAUUCUACUAGAUUAGUCUCCACUUUGUGGGCUUUUAAGAAUGAAGCUUCAGUUGAUCAGAUUUGCAAAGCAGAAACUUGGUCUUCUUUGCAUACAUUUACUAAAUUCUACCAUUUUGAUGUAUUUGCUUCGUAAGCAGUUUUUGGUAGAAAAGUACUUCAGGCAGCUGUUUCAGUUUGAUUCUUCUGCUUAUGAUUUAAGUUUUUCCUUUCAUUUAUGAGAAUAAACUUAUUUGGGUUGUGGAUUAGCCAUUUUUUCGCUGAUUUUUUUUUUAUUUUAUCCCUCCCUUUCUAGUGACUCUUAUGUGGAAUUCCACAUCUUGGGUAUUGCUAUCCCAUACGUCACUAGCUCAUGGACUCUUGCCAAUUACAUGAAAGAAAACAUAAUUUAUGUAAGAACUUACCUGAUAAAUUAAUUUCUUUCAUAUUGGCAAGAGUCCAUGAGGCCCACCCUUUUUAUGGUGGUUAUGAUUUUUUUUGUAUAAAGCACAAUUAUUUCCAAAUUCCUUUGUUGAUGCUAUUUACUCCUUUCUUUUUCACACCACUACUUGGCUAUUCGUUAAACUGAAUUGUGGGUGUGGUGAGGGGUGUAUUUAUAGGCAUUUUGAGGUUUGGGAAACUUUGCCCCUCCUGGUAGGAUUGUAUAUCCCAUACAUCACUAGCUCAUGGACUCUUGCCAAUAUGAAAAAUGAAUUUAACAGGUAAGUUCUUACAUAAAUUAGGUUUUUUUGCAGGAUGGUCUAGAUCAGGGAUAGGAAAUACUGGCCCUCCAGAUGUUUCAGAACUUUGAAGUCCAGUUGAGCAUCAUGGGAAAUGUAGUUCUAAGUGCCUAAGCAUCAUGGGUAAUGUAGUUCUGAAACAUUGGGAGGGCCAAGAUUCCCCGUCUCUAAUCUAGAUAAAGGCCUAGCUGCCACUUUUCUGAAGGGGCAGAUUUCUUCUCUUUCAGUUUUGUUCCACAGAAAGGUUGCUUAUCUUCCUGAUGUUCAGGCUUUGGUUUGUAUUAAACCUUUUAUCAAGCCUUUUUCUCCUCCAUGGAAUCUUAGCCUGGUGUUAAGGGUUUUGCAGGCUCCUCCUUUUGAGCCUAUUCAUAAAUUGGACAUAAACUACUUUCAUGGAAAGUGUUAUUUAUUUUUGCUAUUUCUUCUGCUUGAAGAGUUGAUCUGCUCUUUCUUGUGAACCUCAUCUGAUUUUUCAUCAUCAUAAGGCUGUUUUAUGGACUUCAAUAAUUUUUUUGCCUAAUGUUGUUUCUUCAUACACAUUUAGCAGAGAUUGUUGUUCCUACUUUGUGUCCUAAUCCUAAGAAUGCUUCUGAAAGAUAUUUGCAUUGUUUGGAUGAUGUUAGGGUAUUUAAAUAUUACAUUGAUGCUACUAAGGAUUUUAGACAGACUUCCCGGUUGUUCUUUUUUCUGGUCCUAGGAAGGGUCAGAAGGCUUCUGCUGUUUCUUUUAUCCUCAUAGUAAAAAAAAUAAAAAAAUAAAUUUGAUUUGCAAAGCUUAUUUUGAUGCAGCUUACUCUCCACCGCAGCUGAUUACUGCUCACUCUACUAGGUCAGUUGCUACUUCUUGGGCUUUUAAGAAUUAGGCUUCAGUUAAUCAAAUUUGAAAGGCAGCUACUUGGUCGUAUUAGCAUACUUUUACUGAAUUCUACCAUUUUGAUGUUUUUGCUUCUUCUGAAGCAGCCUUUGGCAGAAAGGUUCUUCAGGCAGUUGUCUCAGCUUAAUUUUUGUGGUUUUAGAUGUUUUUUUUUUAAUAACAUGUUAUUACUCGUGGACUCCACAACUUGGGUAUUUGUUCCCAAGGGUAAAGUAUCAUGGACCCUCACCACCUGUAUGAAAGAAAACAUCAUUUAUGCUUACCUGAUAAAUUCAUUUCUCUCAUUGAGUCCCCACCCAUGUAUUUUUUUUGGGGGGGUGUUUUUUUCCCUUCUCAUUUUUUGGCUCUUAUUCCUCAUUGCUUGGCUAAGCAUUAGACUGAAGUAUGUGGGAGGAGUUUUAUAGCGCUCUUGGGGUUUGGGAAUCUUUCCUCCUCAUAGUGGUAGAGAAGAGUAAUUCACAAGAGUAAAGGAUUACCACCAUGAAAUAAAUUAACAGGUAAGCAUAAAUGUAUGUUUUUCUUCCCCAAUAUAUGUAGGGGUUACAACUCGCCCCUUAAGAGAACCAGUAUGGGAACAUUUAUCCUCAUUAGGAUAAAUUGUACUAAGGACCCCAGUAGCAAAACAUUUCUGUAGAAAGGGCACUGAUUAUUAAAAGACCCAAAAGGUGUCACUGGAACGUUGUGCUUAUUUGGAGAAGUCCUUUGGAUUUUUAAACUACAAGUAAGAAUCUCCAAAUCUUAAAAACAAUGGAUAUUUUUACCAACUAAAGAAGUCAAUAGAAUUUGGCUUUUUUUGUUGUUGCAUAAAACAAAAUAUAUAGAGUGGUGAUUAGACAGCAGUAGAUAUCUGCAUUCUGAGGUUUUGGAUACUAAAAGAAAGCGGAAGAAGGUUGCUAUUUUUCUAUUUUCUGAGCCAAAUUUAUUUUUGUGAAUCUGCAAUAUCCUAGGAUCUGUGGAAGAAUAAAUUGGACUCCGAAAAUAGUUGAACGGACUCUGCCUUCCACAUUCUAAAAUAUCUGAAUACACACAUCUAGACAGCAGUAUCUUCCACCAUUUAGGCAUGCAUCCUACAAAGAGAAAUGAAAUAUAUACAGCCUGAUAAAAAUGUCAGUAAAUUUGAGCAUAUGUUAACUGUAAAUUAUUGUAAUGAAUUUGUAUUUAUAACACA